CAGAUAAGCGCCAUUUUGGGCAAUGAAAUUUACUGCUUAGCAUGAAUUUCUGCAGGUUCAUCAUCUCAUACUUGUUCUAUUCUCCAAUACUUCCUCCUCCCCAAACUCAAGUAAUUAUCCCUUCUAUUAGAAACACCAUUUUGCCUGCUUUUCUUCACUACAGUCAUGUUGACCAACAUAAGCCAUUUGAUUUUAGUUCUUUGUUUAGAAGAGAAUGGAUUCAAAAAUCAGAGCCCACGAUUGCUGGUGGAACCAAUUUGUGCCUUUCAGAAGCUUUUUGUUCAUGGGUUCUUUCUAAUUGUAACUCAAGGUCAUUGAAAGUGGGUGUAUAUAUCCACAGCCCUCUAAUUAAGCUGGGUCUACAAGACCACUUGUUUCUGAACAAUCUUCUAUUGUCUCUCUAUGCAAAGUGUUUUGGGAUUGAACCAGCACAGAAGAUAUUUGAUGGAAUGUCUUAUAAGGAUGUCAUAUCAUGGACUAGCAUGAUAUCUGCUUAUGUCAGAAGUGGAAAUCAUGAACAAGCAUUGGAAUUGUUUGAUCACAUGGUGAUUACUGGUUUGUUCCCUAAUGAGUUCACUUUCUCAAGUGUUUUACGAUCAUGUGCUUCUCUAAGGGAGCUUGAGUGGGGGACUCGUGUGCAGGCACAGAUAAUAAAGUAUGGAUUUGAAUCGAAUCCAGUACUGGGAGGUGCCUUGAUUGACUUCUAUUCUAAAUGUGACCAUUUUGUGGAAGCAUCUGAAAUAUUUACAUCUAUGGACAGUGGUGAUACAGUCUCUUGGUCCACAAUGAUCUCUUCCUUCGUCCAAUCUCAAAAUUGGGAUCAAGCUCUAAGACUAUAUCUUCAAAUGAUUAAGGUGGGGAUCCCUCCUAAUGAGUUCACUUUCGUGAAACUUUUAACAGCAUCCAGUUUUCUUGGUUUGGACUUUGGGAAAUUAAUUCAUGCUCAUUUGAUACUAUGGGGAGUUGAAUUGAAUUUGGUAUUAAAGACAGCUCUUGUAAAUAUGUAUGCGAAAUGCGAGAGGAUGGAUGAUGCUUUGAAUGUGUCAAACCAGACUCCUGAAUCUGAUGCCUUACUGUGGACUGCUUUAAUUUCGGGUUACACUCAAGUCUUGGAUCUUGAGAAGGCCAUGGCUUCAUUUCGUGAGAUGCAAACCCUGUGCAUCUUGCCAAAUACUUUCACUUAUGCUGGUGUCCUGACUGCUUGUUCCUCUGUCACAGCAUUAGAACUAGGGGAACAGCUCCAUUCACUAGUGAUUAAGGCUGGUCUGGAGGGGGAUAUUUCUGUUGGAAAUUCUCUCAUUGAUAUGUACGCGAAAUGCUCUCCAUCAAUACAGAAUGCUUUGCAAGCAUUCAAUGAGGUACUGUCACCUAAUGUCAUUUCUUGGACAUCUCUGAUUGCCGGAUUCACUCAACAUGGACUGCAAGGUGAAGCAUUCCGUGCAUUUGCUAAGAUGCUGGUUGUUGGUGUGGAGCCAAAUUGCUUUACGCUCUCUUGUAUCCUUAAGGGUUGUGGUACAACCGAAGAUUUAAGUCAAGUAAGGAAGCUUCAUGCCUAUAUAAUUAAAACUAAAGCAGACUCCGGUAUAGCUGUUGGGAAUUCUCUUGUUGAUGUUUAUACUAGAGUGGGAUUGGUGGAUGAUGCAUGGAGUGUCAUAAACAGGAUGAAGCAUAGAGAUGCCAUCACAUAUACAUGCUUAGCCACAGGACUAAAUCAAAUGGGUCAUCAUGAAAUGACAUUAAACAUUGUUCCCCACAUGCAAUAUGGUGAUAUUAAAAUGGACAGCUUUAGCUUGGCCGGCUUCUUAUGUGCAUCGGCUAGCUUAGCUGCAAUAGAACCUGGAAAGCAGAUUCAUUGUUAUUCUUUGAAAUCUGGUCUAGACUGCUGGCUAUCAGUCUCAAAUGGCCUUAUUGACUUGUAUGGGAAAUGUGGAAGUAUAAGGGAUGCUCACAAAGUUUUUAUGGAAAUUCCAGAGCCAAAUGUUGUGUCAUGGAAUGGGUUGAUGUCUGGAUUGGCAUCAAAUGGUCUAUUCUCUUCUGCUCUCUCAAGCUUUGAAAAUAUGAAGUUGGAAGGAACUGAACCUGAUUUCAUUACAUUCUUAUUGGUUCUUUAUGCCUGUAGUCAUGGUGGUUUCAUUGAUCUUGGUCGUGAGUAUUUUCACUCAAUGCAUGAAAAUUAUGGUAUCACACCUCAGUUGGAUCACUAUGUUUGCUUAGUUGAUCUCCUUGGCCGAGCUGGCUAUCUGAAGGAGGCCAUAACUGUGAUAGAAACUAUGCCAUUUAGACCAGAUGCAUUGAUCUACAAAACCUUAUUGGGUUCCUGUCACGUACAUGGAAAUUUAUUUCUUGGAGAACAUGUAGCAAGGUUAUGUUUUGAGCUUGAUCCCUCAGAUCCAGCAGUCUAUGUGCUUCUUGCAAACAUGUACGAUAAUUCUGGAAGGUCAGAUUUAGGUGAUCAGACUCGCUGGAUGAUGAGGGAGAGAGGAUUGAAGAAGAAUCCAGGUCAAAGCUGGAUUGAGAUAAGGAACAAGGUCCAUGUCUUCAAAGCAGGGGGUAGAUCCCACACACAGAUGACUAAGAUUCAUGAAAUGUUAGAAUCGCUGAGGACCAGAUUGAAGAGCAUAGGAUAUUUGUGUAGAGAUGAUGCAUCUCAUCACAGUGAGAAGUUGGCAGUUGCUUUCGGUCUUCUGAAUACCCCAUCAACAGCUCCAAUACGUAUAAUCAAGAACUUACGUAUUUGCAGAGACUGCCAUAUGUUUAUGAGGCUUUUGACUCAAUUGUUUGAUAGAGAGAUAGUUGUGAGGGAUGGAAACCGUUUCCAUUCAUUCAAGGAAGGCGACUGUUCAUGCAACGAAUAUUGGUAAAUGGUGACACAAGGGACUUUCGUUUCCAAUACUUUCCA